CAGCGGCCGGGGCCCGGCCCCAGCGCCCCACCGCGCCGAGGGCAGCGGGGCCGCCGCCUCUGCCGCCGCCGCUGCCGCUGCUGAGAUCACAUCAGACAUGACUAUGUGAAUAACCAGGGAUAACCCAAAGGCAGGAGAGGAUGUCAGAAUAACACACAAAACGUUUUGGAGGGCGUGGCCAGCAAACCAUGCAGUCAUCAGGGCACCGCUUCCGCGAUGUCGAGCACCACCCGCUCCUGGCCGACAAUGACAGCUACGACUCCUCCUCCUCCUCCUCGGAGGCCGACAUGGCCGAGAGGGUCUGGUUCAUCCGGGACGGCUGUGGCAUGGUCUGUGCCAUCAUGACCUGGCUCCUGGUGGUCUAUGCAGACUUUGUAGUGACUUUUGUCAUGUUGCUGCCUUCCAAAGACUUUUGGUACUCGGUGAUCAACGGGGUUCUCUUUAACUGCUUGGCGGUGCUGGCUCUGUCGUCUCAUCUGAGGACUAUGCUGACUGAUCCAGGGGCUGUGCCCAAAGGAAAUGCCACUAAAGAAUACAUGGAUAAUUUGCAACUGAAACCAGGAGAAGUGAUCUACAAAUGUCCCAAGUGCUGUAGUAUCAAACCUGAGCGUGCACACCACUGCAGUAUUUGCAAGCGAUGCAUCCGAAAGAUGGAUCACCACUGCCCGUGGGUGAAUAAUUGUGUGGGGGAGAAAAAUCAGAGAUUUUUUGUUCUGUUUACGAUGUACAUAGCCCUAAUUUCAGCUCAUGCUCUUGUACUCUGUGGAUUUCAGUUCUUCUCCUGUGUCCGAGGGCAGUGGACUGAGUGCAGUGACUUCUCCCCACCUGUAACUGUGAUCCUGAUGAUCUUCUUGUGCCUUGAGGGUUUUCUGUUUCUCACUUUCACUGCAGUCAUGUUUGGCACCCAAAUCCACUCAAUAUGCAAUGAUGAAACGGAGAUUGAAAGACUGAAGAGUGAAAAGCCAACGUGGGAGCGCAGGCUCCGCUGGGAAGGGAUGAAAUCUGUUUUUGGGGGCCAGCCCUCCCUCCUGUGGAUCAACCCUUUCGCGGGAUUUCGGAUCAGGCGACUUCUGCUGCGAGGAAAGAAAGGAGGACCUGAGUUUUCUGUCUGAGUCGAAAUAGGCUGGAACUUGCAAGAAUCCUAUAUAGUAUUUAUUUUGGGGCCAGAGAAGGCUGUCUACACAUAAUCUGUGACCAGGUGAAACUGAUAGCAGACAUUUGCUUGUAGCAAGCAGAGUUUUCUACGUUUAUUGUCACAGACAUCUCAUUAAUUCCGAGACAGGAACUGGAUCUGCCAUGAUCUUCACAGCAGGAUAGCAGAGGAGAAGCACGUGGUCACACUAAAAAAGCCAAAUGUUGUCAUGCUACUGUAAUUUAUUUUCUGACAUUACUUCCCCGUUGGUUUUUUUUUUUUUUUUUUUUGUUAAACCCUUUUUAUUUGAUAAAUGUCUGGGGAAUUAAUUACCUGUGUGUUUUUAUAACGAGUCUACGUCCUUGGAUGCAGCUGUCAAUCGUUAGGAGGAGCAUUCUGGUGGAAGUUGAUCUCCAGUGAGACGCAGCCUUCUCAGUCCAGAUUUCAGGGAAUUGUGCUUUGUUCAGUUCUUUCUCUUUCAGCUCGUCCUGAUCAGCAGAGCUGUCCCUCUGUGUCCCACUCAUUCCUCCUGUGCAGGGGGUGCCAAGGACACUGUCACACCCUGCCCAGGCUCCCCAGAGCAUGGCCUGUGUUUGGCAGUGUCCAUCCCAGCUGGCUUUUAGGGAAAGGCUAAAUUUUCACUUGUAGCCUGGCUGGGGGGCCAAAUCCUGCCCAGGGAUGAGUGGGAGCAGCGUCCUCCCGUGUGAGGUGACGGGUUUGGGGUAAUUCACUGCAAACUCUUUGUCCUUGUAGGGUCUUGUUCUGUCCCUUUUUAAUUGUAAAGACUUUUCAUAGAGGGAGAUCUGUCAAUAAUCCCAUGAACAAAGACAGCAGAGAAGGAGGCAACUUCUCUCUUUUCUCAAGUACAGCACAUCUUAAAUGCAGAAACAUCUGCAAUAGAACGAGUUAUUUUGAAUUUAACCAUUUCCAACCAAAACUACUUUGAGGAAAUGAGAGCAAUAUAGAUCUAGAACUGCUUCAUGUGGGCCUGACAAACAACAGUAGCGCUAAAAAAUGUUCAUAAAUCUGCAAGUAAUGAAAUACAAGCUGCAGGUAGUAAAAACCCAGCUAAAAGUUGAUUCUUUAAAAAAAUUACAUUUAGUCUAUUUUUUGUAUUCUUGUUAACCUAAAGAUCACUGACCAUAUAAAGGAUCAAGCAGGAGCCUUGAUGCAUAGCUUGAAAUCGUGCCUAGAAAGCAAACAGCUCCCUGUUUUGGGACUUGCCUUAAAAUUGUCCUGUUCUUGCUUUUGCUCGGGCAGUGGCACUGGUGACCUGUCCCACGUGAAGCAGCUCAGAGCCCUGCACCGCAGCCUUUGUGCACUGCAGGAGCUGUUUCCUUUCUCAGUGCCCUGCUUCUCCCUCUCUUCCUGGCAGCCUGAUCCCAGCUCCAUCAGUUUCUGUUCCGUGGCGUGGCUGGAGGUACCGAGGGAUCCAUUUCUUGUCUGUGGCCCUGUGAACAAAACCAUGCAAUACUUUGGGGUAUUUUCACUUUGCUCGGCAGAGAGGGCGGCGGUGGUGUGGAAUGCUGGAGACUUCCCAGGUGAAAUCCACUGGAAUUGCAGUCCAAUGAACAAAACUGAGGGGGAGGCUGGAAGUUCCACAGAAUUCUGUGCAGAUUCAGUUGCACGUCUUAAAGACUGGGGUGGGGGAGAAAAUAUGUCUGGCUUUGUCCUGAGGCUCUUACUGUGUAUAUUGUUCAAUGAGAAAAAUCAGAAAAUAGCACUCCAGGUGGUUGAACCCUGUGACUUGGCAAAUGUGUGCGUGUGAAAUCCGGUUUACUUGGCUUUUCAAAUCCUUACGUUGUGAUUUUUUUUUUUUUUUUUUUAAAUGUAAAAAAGAAUAAACUAACAAAUUGAAGUCUUAGUUGAUUAACUUCUCUACAUGUCAGGGUUUUUUUUUCACAUAUAUUUAGAUUGAAGCAGCUUCAGGGAAAUAGUCUUGAAUCCUUUGGUUUGUAAUUAACUCGUAUUUAUAUUAAUUAACAUUGCUGCAAAGCUCCUCUGUAUUAGGAAUUUUAACUCUUUUAGCCCUUCUUGAACAUUCCCUUCAUCCUCUGGUGCAGUUUCCUAUUUUAUUGUAGAACCAUGGAAUGAUUUACAUGGGAAGACACCUCCCAGCUCAUCUUGUUCCCACCCUGUUUGUGUGCGGUGAGUGGGGAAACACUUCCAGUCUGAAAACUUACCUCAGUAUUCCAGCCUUUGCAACUCCGAGGAAUUUGGGAUAAAUGCGGGUUUGUGUCUCCGCUUUUUCUGUGCAAAUGUUGGAUUUUUCCCCGUUUCUGCAGCUUCAGGAGCAAAGGCAGUUCUGAGCCUGGAGAGCAGCAGGUUGGGAGUGCCCACCCAAACAAGGGGGAGGAGGAACAAAUGGCAGGAAAGGAUGGGGAGACUCAAAACCGUUCAUUUCCCCUUUGCAAGAAUUCUAAAAAACACUCUGAGAUAUUUUCUGUGUCUAUACCAUGGAGGAAAGAGCUCCAAAUCCAUGAGCACAGGCGUUGUGCCAGUGCUGCUGGUAUUUUGGAGCAGGUUAAUGAUUUGAUUGUGUUUGUGUGCCACAGCAGCCAGGCUGGGCUGUGUUUAUUUGUAUUUUAGGGAAGAGUUUGUUUAUUCUCCGAAGGGAACAGACGUCCCUGCAGAUGGAGCCUGCCAAUUUAUCUCCUUUUUAUAUUGUUUAAUUUCUAGUGGUAAUGUCAGCACUGUUCCAGGAAUCCUUUCUGAAGUCUUAGACUUAGCAAGAAUUCAUUUAUGGAUUUCUUUAUGCCUGUCCUGUGCAGAAAUGUUAAAUUUCUACGUUUGUUCUGUUUCCCUCUGUUGGCUCCAGGUCCAAUGCUGUUGGAGAAAGUGGCUUAAGGGGUUUUGAAAUACAGAAAUUGGGCUGUAAAAUGAUCCUGGGAUCUGUUAAUAAUACUAAAAUUAAGUGCA